CGUCGACGCAGGUCGGAGCGUCCCGGCGGCCGAGGCGGCGGGGCUGAGGAGGGCGGCGAUAGCCAGCGCGGCAGACGGCCGGCCGGGGCGCGGGGCCGCGGAGGGUCACAGCUCGGGGACUCCCUGAGGUCCUGUCGCCAGCCUUCAGUGAGAGGAGGGCACCGGAAGGCAGGCCGCCCACCAUGUCCACGUUCAGGCAGGAAGACGUGGAAGACUACUAUGAGAUGGGGGAGGAGCUGGGCAGCGGCCAGUUUGCGAUUGUGCGGAAAUGCCGGCAGAAGGGCACCGGGAAGGAGUAUGCGGCCAAGUUCAUCAAGAAGCGCCGCCUGUCGUCCAGCCGGCGGGGAGUCAGCCGGGAGGAGAUCGAGCGGGAGGUGAACAUCCUGCGGGAGAUCCGGCACCCCAACAUCAUCACGCUGCACGACAUCUUUGAGAACAAGACUGACGUAGUGCUCAUCCUGGAGCUGGUCUCAGGCGGGGAGCUCUUCGACUUCCUGGCAGAGAAGGAGUCACUGACAGAGGACGAGGCCACCCAGUUCCUCAAGCAGAUCCUGGAUGGUGUCCACUACCUGCACUCCAAGCGCAUUGCCCACUUUGACCUCAAGCCAGAAAACAUCAUGCUGCUGGACAAGAACGUGCCCAACCCACGGAUCAAGCUCAUCGACUUUGGCAUCGCCCACAAGAUCGAAGCGGGGAAUGAGUUCAAGAACAUUUUCGGCACCCCUGAAUUUGUGGCUCCAGAGAUUGUCAACUAUGAACCCCUGGGUCUCGAAGCAGACAUGUGGAGCAUUGGAGUCAUCACCUAUAUCCUCCUGAGCGGCGCCUCCCCAUUCCUGGGUGAGACCAAGCAGGAGACCCUGACCAACAUCUCGGCUGUGAACUACGACUUUGACGAGGAGUAUUUCAGCAACACCAGCGAGCUGGCCAAGGACUUCAUCCGCCGUCUGCUUGUCAAGGACCCUAAGAGAAGAAUGACCAUCGCCCAGAGCCUGGAGCAUUCCUGGAUCAAGGCGAUCCGGCGGCGGAACGUGCGGCGUGAAGACAGUGGUCGGAAGCCCGAGCGGCGGCGCCUGAAGACGGCACGCCUCAAGGAGUACACCAUCAAGUCCCACUCGAGCAUGCCCCCCAACAACACCUAUGUCAACUUUGAGCGCUUCUCCAAGGUGCUAGAGGAGGUGGCAGCAGCGGAGGAGGGCCUGCGGGGGCUGGAACACAGCCGGCGCCUCUUCCACGAGGACAUCGAGGCACUGACGGCCAUCUACGAGGAGAAGGAGGCCUGGUACAGGGAGGAGAACGAGAGCAUCGGCCAGGACCUGCGGCGGCUGCGCCAGGAGCUGCACAAGACGGAGGCGCUGCAGCGUCAGGCCCAGGAGGAGGCCAAGGGCGCACUGCUGGGGGCCAGUGGGCUCAAGCGGCGCUUCAGCCGCCUCGAGAACCGCUACGAGGCCCUGGCAAAGCAAGUGGCCUCCGAGAUGCGCUUCGUGCAGGAUCUGGUGCGCGCCAUGGAGCAGGAGAAGCUGCAGGGGGUGGAGUGUGGCCUACGCUAGGGCCGCGCGGCCGAGGCACCUUUCACCCCGCUCCUGGGCUCUGGCGGGAGUGGCACCACACUGGGAUGUGCUCCCGGGGGUGGGGGUUGGGAACUCAGUGCUACCUUCCCCGGCUGAGCUCCUCUGGCCUCCGGCUUUGGCAACUCUGGGGCUUCUGGGGCAGCACCACCUGGGGAACUCUGGGCUGGCAGGGACGCCUUCUUGUGCUGGGCCUGUGUUGGGAGCCUUGCUGAGGAUCCAGGGCUUAGAAUCAGAGGGGCCUUCCCUGCUUCUGCUGGGCACCAAAGUCCCACCUCUUCUAGCCAUGGGAGGCAGCUCCCCUGGGGUCUCCGGUGGGGGCCCCGCCAUCCCCCAUCCUGACUGCGCCCCAAGGUCUGAGCUGGCACCAGGGCCAGAGUGGAGAUGGCCCAGCCCUCAAGCCGUCAGUUUGGAGUGGGUCCUGGGGGUUGUGUUGCCAGGCAUGAUGCCCUGCUGCAGAAGCCCAGGGAGCCCCAGGUGGGAUGAGGAGCCAUCUAGGCUGCACGCUCCUCUGCAGCACCUGUGGCCUCCAUGCAUGUGGAAGACACCCCCCGCCCCCCGACCUCACGCCCCAGCCUCAGUCCCCGUUCCAGUGCUGCCUUUUCAUCUCAGGGCUUGUGGGAACCCCUGUGGACUAGUUGCCCCCAGAAAGCCCUACAAAGGCUCAGCGUCUCCUGUGUGCCCCACCAGUCCCUGCCCCCCUGCUGCCCCUCACUGCCCCUCCGCAGGGCCUGAUGCCCAGACCAGAAAGGAGUGGAGGGGUUACAGUGGGCAGCACUAUCGCCUGCCACUAGGUGCCGCCCUCGAGCAGGGUCACGUGGCAGAGAAGGUGCCCUAAGGUCUGGGCUUCACCUGAGAGUGGGGCCCUGGUGGGUGCUCUGCGCACGUUCCCUGUGGCAGGUCGGGUUAAGCGAGUGACAUCUGUGCAGGCCUCCCAUGGCCCUGGAGGAGUUCUCCAGGCAGAAGCCAACCUGGGCCGAGUGCAGGGAGGAACCGGGCAGUGGGACUGGCCAGGAUCUCAGGACCCGGCUGUGAGGUCAGACAGAGGUGUCCCCCCAUGUGCUAGGCCUGUCUGCAGGGCUGGGGCGGGAGCCACUGUGUACCCCUCCACGAGCUCAGCUGUACCCAUUUGCAUGUGUCUGCCGCAAGCCUAAGGGAAAUAAAGUCCCACUUCCCUGA